AUGGAUGAUGUACACUUGACUGAAAGAGAACAAAGGCUGCUACGGAGAGAACAGCUUAAGGCAGAUAUUGCCCAGAAAGAAAGAGAGAUACAAGAGAGAACAAAUGAGAACAGAUUGAAAAAAAUAAAACAAAGGGACAGAAACAUAGAAAUGUUGCAAUUACAAGAAUUACAACGGCAAAGAAAUAAGCUGAUAGAGAAAAGGAGACACGCAAUACAAGAAAGGGAUGAGCAACAUAGAGUUGUUGAAGAACAGAGAAUAGAAUUAAGAGAUAAGCCUUUGAGGACCCAAAGUAGGACUUCAGACAUUGAAAGUCAAAGACUAAAGGAGACCGUGAUUGAUAUAGAAUAUGAGGACGAUGAAUUGAAAGGAGCAUGUGGGCAUACUAACAUCGAUUCGGAUAUCAAGAGACUGGAAUUCGGAGAAAACAGCAGAUAUACCGAAAGGACAUAUACAGAUCAGUCACUUAUUACAAUCAAUGAAUACGGAUAUGUCGACCGUGAAAGGACAAUGCCUAAGGACCAGAAUCAUUGUAAAUAUUUUGACCAGUUCUCAACCGUAAGCAAUGACACUGUAGACAAAGGAAUACAGUGGUUGCGAAGAAAGGAAAUUCAACUUGAAGAAGAACAUCAUGCGAAUUCUGAGGACAGAAUUAAAAUUGAGGGAGAGAUAGAUAGAACACAAUGUUACCAGUUGAUACACAAAUGCAACAAGAGGGAAAUAGACUUUGAAAUGGAAAUGGAAACUUUGCAGAAGCAAAUUGAGUUAAUGAAACUCGAGGAGAGGGAAGCAGUCAGAAAGAUACAGAUAAAGGAAGAGUUGAGAGAAACAAAACGAAAAGAAAAGCUACAAGCAGAACAAAGGAAGCAAAAUGAAGACAGAUUGAGGACACUCAAACAAGAGAAAUAUGAAUUAGAACAGAGUUUACUGGAAAUGCAGAGGGUUCUGAGCUCACUGGCUGAAGAAUUACUUGAUUAUGGUGAAGAGCGAAAUAAACCACAGGUCAGAAAGAUCAGUGAAAGCAAACAGGCUUUCAUAAUUAAACCAAAUAUACCGACAUUUACAGAACCAAGCAAUUUUCCAGAAUGGAAGAUAGAAAUUCAAAGUAUGCUUAGCUCCAACAUAUACCAUAGAGAAAUACUGAGGCAAGCUAUAAGAAAUGCAAUCGGUGGAAAACCCCGGAAGAUAUUGGCAACAUUGAAACCUACAGCCACAUCAGAAGAAAUAUUAGAGGCAUUAGAAAGUAAUUAUGGUGAUAUCAAAAGCGGAGAAUGUAUAAUGGAAGAAUAUUACAAAGCUAAACAAGAGAAAGAGGAAGACAUUUCUGCACGUGGAAUACGCCUUGAAGAGUUGGUACAGAAGGCUAUAGAUAGAGGUGAAAUACAAACGCACAGAAGGGAGCAAAUGCUACGAACACGGUUCUGGAAAUACCUAAGGAACAAAGAACUCAAGAAUGCAACGAGAAUAUUUUAUGAAUCGAACAUACCAUUUGAAGAAUUGAGAAAGAAGAUGAGACGAGAGGAACAGGACAUAAGUGUUUCUAAGGAAACAUCCCAACAAAUAAAUGUUCAUCAGAUUGAAGACCACACGAAAAUGACCUUAAAGAGCAGAUAA